AUGGGAAAAGUAAGAAGCGCAAAGACUUCUUCAUCCGUGAAUCCGCUGGCAAGUUAAGGAGGGACAGCGAUGGAUUUGCAUAUUUUGUUCUCCCCAGAGUGGUUUCCAAACUGACAAUGGUGUCGACGGAGGGAAAAAAGCAAAUUUUCUCGCAAUUCCAUUGAAAGUACAAUUUUACUCAUGGAGAAAGGAGCAAGUCGGGAGUCAUGAGCACAGGUGUGAAGAAGCCUCCAUUAGCUCCCAAACCUAAACUCCCUGCCACCACCAAACCCUCUCCCCCACCCAUCGCCCCCAAACCAGGUCUCCUCUCCCCCUUCAUCUCCCAACCCUCCCUCGCUACUCUCAAGAGGACUAAACCGGCCGUCGCCCCGAAACCCUCCAUUCCCAAAUCCACGGCCUCGUCUCCCCCCGCCACCCCCCCGCCGCCCAAACCCGACGAACCCUGCGUCCCAACUCGGGAACAGCAGGACGCUCUGGGCGAUGGCCUCUUACUUCUUAACUCCACGAAUGGGAUUUUACCGGAGACGACCGAACACGACUCGGAUUACGUCAUUCCCACCUGCUCCUGUGGGCUCCGGGGUCGUCCCCAGUGUCGUUCCCACCUGGAGAAUGGAAACACGGCCGAGAUCGGGAGCGUUUUGCACACGGAGCCGUCGCAGAAUGGGAUUUCUACAGAAGGAUUCGCGGGGACGAGGACGCAGGAGAGAGCGGAACACCAGGAGGAGGAGGAGGGAGUAGAGAGGGGGGAAGGGGGAGGAGUUAGCAAAAAGCCCAGGGACAAACCUCAGAGGCAGAGACACCUGCAUCGGGGAUCGGUCCUCAAAGAGGCUCAGAGGCCCGAGGAGGAGCAGGGAGAAAGUGCCGAUGCGGCGAAAGUGAAUGUACAGGCCGAGGCCCAGAGCGCCGACUUCGCGGAGUCCGCGGCGCCGGCCCGUGAUGCUGCAGGCAGCAUCACCGCCCCCCCGAGCAUCCCCCCCCGCGAUUCUCCCGCGGAGUCCUUCCCGGUGGAGUGCGGCGCUCCCACCGGGUCACACGGCGCCCUGCGGGUCCCCGCCGCCCCCAGCAAGCCCCUCCCGGUCCCUCACCCGCGCAAACCGAAAAAGCCGGCCCUGGUGAGGCAGGACGGCGUGGAGCGCGGCGCCCCGGAUCAGGCGGAGGACGAGGGCCGACCGAGUCCUGGCGGUCCGCCUCUCGGCUCGGACGGCGAGGAGCUCAAGCGGGACGCGCGCGACGACUUUCCGCCCCAGGGGGGUAACUCGGGUCCGGGGGACGAUGAGACCGGCGCGCCCGUCCCGCCUCCCCGACAGACCUCCCUCUCGCCUCGCCUUCAGAGGACGCCCCGCGCGGCCCCGCCCCUAAACAAGAACACCUCCCACUCCUUGGUGCUGCUCUCGCACGCCGACUCCACGGGCCACAAAAAAGGCGGCGGCGUGGAGCACCGCGUGGAGGAGGACGAGGAGGACGGGUACGGCGACUUCGAGCGCUACCCGGUGACCCACAGCCUCCCCAAGCAGAUCAAACUGGGCUGCCACCGUCCUCCGGCGAACGCGAGGAAGGCCUCGUCGCCGAGAAAGCCUCAGAGGCACAGCCUGCCGCCGUCCGUCUGCCCGCCGGCGCCGCCGCACGCCAACACCCCGAUGAGGGAGCUGCCGGCGCCCCCGCAGGAGAAAACCGCCUGGCGUUUCACGCGACCCUGCGUGACCUUCUUCAGCCGGCAGAUGCCCAGCAGGAGCAGCGUGCCGCCGAAGAGCCGGGUGCCGGCGGCGCUGGGGGUCAAGCAGAGGGCGCAGUCCUUCUCGGCGGCCGACCUGGCGACGCGGGCCGACUCCCAGAGGAGGAGCCUCUCGUUCCGGAAGCUGCUGGAGCUCCGUCUGUCCGUCAAGCUGCUGCCCAAGCUGCUGGCCAAGGGAGGGCAGACCCUGGACCGUACCAACUCCAGCAGCCCGGGGGGGAGAAGCCCGCAGCGGCCCGCGAGCUGCGUCGUGGAGGCCGACGUUCUCGGCGAGUACGAAGAGGAGCCGGUGGAGUACGAGAACGUUCCCCUGUACGAGGAGAUCCCGGAGUACAUGAACCUACCGUUUCACGGGGCGCGGCCCGGCUGGUCACAUGACCCCGACGGCGCCGACUCGGACAUCUACGAAGUGCAGGAUCCAUAUUUCGGGGGCCACGAGCACGAGUACGAGAGCGGCUGGCUGGGGCAGGACGUCCACUCCGAGGAGGAGGAGGAGCUGCACAGCUCGGACGAGGAGGACGAUAGCUCCGCCUCCAGCAAGGAGCACCUGGACGUGGCCGACCGACAGCAAGAGGAUGAGACGAAGAGGAAGAAGGUGGUGCACAUCGCCCAGGAGAUCAUGAGCUCCGAGAAAGUGUUUGUGGACGUCCUGAAGCUCCUCCACAUCGACUUCCGAGAUGCUGUUGCCAAGGCGACCCGUCAGAAUGGGAAGCCGGUGGUGGAGGAGAGGAUCCUCAGCCAGAUCCUGUACUACCUGCCACAGCUCUACCAGCUCAACAGAGACCUGCUGAGGGAGCUGGAGGAGCGAGUGGCACACUGGAGCGACCACCAGAGGCUGUCGGACAUCUUUGUCCAGAAGGGUCCAUACCUGAAGAUGUACUCCACCUACAUCCGCCAGUUCGACAACAACGUCGCUCUGCUGGACGAGCAGUGCAGGAAGAACGCCGCGUUCGCCGCCGUCGUCCGAGAGUUUGAGAUGAGUCCAAGAUGUGCCAGUUUGGCUCUGAAACACUACCUGCUGAAACCAGUGCAGAGGAUCCCUCAGUACCAGCUGCUGCUCACAGACUAUCUGAAGAACCUUCCAGAGGACUCUGAGGACUAUAAAGACACCCAAGCCGCCCUGAGCAUCGUGAAAGAAGUGGCCAACCACGCCAAUGACAUCAUGAAACAAGGGGAUAACUUUCAGAAGCUCAUGCACAUUCAGUACGGACUCAACGGCCACCAUGAGAUCGUUCAGCCGGGCAGGGUGUUUCUGAAGGAGGGCACGCUCAUGAAGCUGUCCAGGAAAAUCAUGCAGCCUCGCAUGUUCUUUCUGUUUAACGAUGCCCUCAUGUACACCACUCCGGUCCAGUCGGGCCAGUAUAAACUCAACAGUGUCCUCUCUCUGGCUGGGAUGAAGGUGAGCAAGCCGAGCCAGGAGGCUUACCAGAACGAGCUGAACAUCGAGAGCGUCGAGCGCUCCUUCAUCCUCUCCGCCAGCUCCGCCACCGAGAGAGACGAGUGGCUGGAGGCCAUCGCCAAGGCGAUAGACGACUACACCAAGAAGAAGAUAACCUUCAUAUCCAGCCGAAGUCAGGAGGAGGCGGAGGGCGUCGUGGACACCGGGGCCCCGUUGGGUUCAAAGGCCCCCAUCUGGAUCCCAGACCUGAGAGCCACCAUGUGCAUGAUGUGCACCUGUGAGUUCACGCUCACCUGGAGGAGGCAUCACUGUCGCGCCUGUGGACGGGUGGUGUGUCAGGCGUGCUCCGCCAACAAGUACUACCUGGAGUACCUGAAGAACCAGCCGGCGCGAGUGUGUGAUCACUGCUUUGUCAAACUGCAGGAGAAUAGCGACCGCUGCGCUUCGACGUCGGUGUCUCCCAUCAAACCCGGAGCGUUCUCCUUCACCAGGAAGCAGAAGAAGAUCCCCGCCGCGCUAAAAGAGGUUUCCGCCAACACCGAGAACUCCUCCAUGAGCGGCUACUUAAACCGCUCCAAGGGCAACAAGAAGCAGUGGAAGAGGCUGUGGUUCGUCAUCAAGAACAAAGUCCUGUACACCUACGCUGCCAGCGAGGACGUUGCCGCGCUGGAGAGUCAGCCGCUGCUGGGUUUCUUCCUGAGGGAGGAGAAGAACGGGCCGGCUCAGAAGCUGCAGUUCAAGCUGUACCACAAGAACACGCUGUUUUACAUCUUUAAGGCCGACGACAUCCCCACCGCUCAGAGAUGGAUCGAAGCCUUCCAAGAGGCCAUGAUUCUCGAAGAACAGUAAUCUCAGCUUCACGGCAGUGAGGUCUCAUCGCAGCCCCGGAGCCAGUUGAUGGACAACUCACGACCCCUUGAUUGAUCUCAGGUCAGAGGUCACCAGCUCAGGAAGGACUCCGGAUGGACUGUUCACUUCAAAACAGAAACCCACCGCAAAAAAAAAGAAGAAAAACAAAAAACACGGUGCUUUUUUUCCCCUUCAAAGAACUGGAUUCUGCUUCCCUGAAACAUAUCGCCAAUACCAACAACAGAUGUCAGAGUAAAUUGUUUGUGGGUCAAAGGUCAAGUCCAGAAGCGUGUUUCUGGAAGUGAGACAGAACCGACGUCCGGAAUAUUUAAAUCUCUGGAAUUAUUUUAAACUGCAAAACGGAUGAAGGAAUUACUUUUUGUGUAAAACAAAAAAUAUAUAAAACUGUCCGCCUUCAUUUGAUACUGUUGACGUGUUUAAAAACUACUCAGUCCGAUCCAUGUCAAGAUGUAAAGAUAGAAUUUAAAAACAAAUUUAAAAUACACACACAUUCUGAAAUAUUUCAACGAGUAAAGAUUAUUCACGUGAGUUAUAAAAUCAAAGUAUCAUCGAUGUCUGUUUAAGAGUUUGUGGGAUUUUACUGUGAAAAUCCAGCUUCUACGCAGAAACAGGAAGUUGAUGUUCUGCUCUUUAAAUUGAUCUCUCUGGUUAAGAGAUUUUACUCCUUUUUUUAUUUUACAUAAAAAACAUUUCAAUGAUGAGUUGACGAAACGACGUCCUGGAGAAAAACUGGAAAUGUCAUAAAUAAUGUAGAUAUUUUUUGUAUUCUUAAAAAAAAAAAAAAAAAAUUACCUGUAUUUUGCCUGUUAAGCCACAUUAGAAAUGGUUUACGGGUCAAACUGCUUAUAAGGACAUGAAAGAGUAACAUUGACCCUUUUUUGUUUAUACAUCAGAGCCAAGAGCUAAUAUUUAUAAAAUAGGAAGAUUUAUUCUUUUAAAAGCACAGGCUGCCGCUUACUUUUGGGAGUCAGGGUUUGUUAGGAAAUACUUUUUCAUCAGUUAUUCUUUUAAAUUUAAAAGAGACCUCACACAAGAAUGGGAUUUUUUUUUUAGGGCAAAUACUGUAGAAAGUAUGCACAAACUAUAUUUCUAAGGAAAUGCUCAAAAGGAAGAAGACAUUUUGCUUGUUUUUUGCAGACGUGCUUUUAUAUCUCCUGUUUUGAGAUGAAUUGCAAUAAUAUAAGUGCUCUGUCUGACAUGCUUCACUAAACCAGGACACAUUUAGGCAUCCAGUUGGCAUGACUACUCACUUUCUAGCCAGGGUACUCGAGGUUUGUACUUUUUAAAAGCAGCCAUUGUCCAGGUCUGUUUCCUCUUGGUUAGGUUGCUGUAUGUUGCACUACCCACGCAAAUUCUACAGUGGGAGAAACCCAAAUGUUUGUUUUGUUGUUUUGUUGUGAAGGAAUAAAGUAGUUAAAUCUGUCAUUCCAGCUCUCUGGGUGCUGUCGUCGUGCGAUUUCAUGCGCCUCUCGUUGGGAUUUACGUCUGCUAGUUGGGAGCUUACCCAGCAUGCAUUUCUUCACGAUUUGUACAUUAACGGUGACCAUGUGUAAACAUCUACUCUCUCAGAGUUGGAGUCUUCUAUAAACAAUUAUUCUAAACUGUCAGGCAACAGUUUUUAAUUAAAAUAUAAAUAUAUG